GUGUCAUCUGCGUUACUGUGAUGUUGACGCGCACUCAUUAUUUCUUAGUAUUUACCUCAGCUUGUGGAAAAUCAUCUUGUGAUGAGCUUUUAUUCCUCAUGUGGCUUUCUUAUUACCAUCUCUGUUUUUGUGGGUUGCCAGUUUAUUACAAACAUGCGAAAUAUAUUUUUCGUUCUCCAGUAGGUUCUUAUUUGACUAUGUAUGCAUUCAUUUAUUCCAGCAGUAUCUGAUUACCAGAGAUAUUUUUGUCCUCUAGACAUAAUAUCUCCCGUGCGCAAAGACCUUUGUUCCCAUUUCUUAUUGAACUUGCACAAUAUAAACACGCUUAUUACAGAAAUCCAGAGGAAUGGAAAGCAGGAAGGUCGUCUUAGCUGACAAAACUACAGUUGCCAUCGAAGUAAACCCACAGGUGACAGAAGACACUGUUAUUUUUGUUAAUGGGGACGAGGCCGGAGGAAAAAAUCACAAUACGGCAUUUAAAGGAUUUUUCAAAGCACAACCAAAGGCACUGGGGACCGUCCAGAUAAUGAAUGGAGCGAUGGUCUUCAUACUUGGUUUUAUACUUACCUCCAGUGUCUACAGUUAUUCUGCAAUUCUUGAUUAUAGUGGCAUAAACUACUGGGGGGCCCUUAUUUACGUCAGCGCUGGCUCUUUGUCUGUCACUGCACAGAAUAAAUAUCCGUGUUUGGUGAAAGCUUCUCUUGGACUAAACUUGUUCAGCGCCAUAACUGCAGGGAUGGCCAUUGUUCUGAUGGGCGUACAGAUUGCAUUAUUAUCAUUGGAUUUGCCAAGUUUAUAUGAUGAGUAUUUUAUUUUGAGGGUCACUGGAAUAUUGCUGGUGUUCACCAUUCUUCAGUUCAUCAUCUCCAUCUGUAUCUCAGCAUUCGUCUGCGAGGCCGUCUGCAACAAAAACUCUACAGUAGUGAAUGUGCACUAAACCAGGUAAAC